AUGGGAAAUAAUAGUGAAAUAAACUUAUUUGGAAAAGAAUUAAAAGAAAAAUGGAUGGAGGAAGCGCAAAUUGUCGAUUUGAAAGGCAUCAGAAAUCACAACAUUUUUCUCGAAUUCUCCAAUAUCUAUGUCAGAAUGCUAGGUAGGCCAGGCCUUUUGUCGCAACUCAACUCAACUCAAUUCAAUUCCUUUCUUUAA